AUGUCAUCGGCAGUGAAACAUUACGAAUUUAUUGUAAUAGGCGGUGGUUCUGGAGGUGUUGGUUCUGCAAGAAGAGCUUCCCAAUAUGGUGCAAAGACUUUGUUAAUUGAAGGUAAAAAACUAGGUGGUACAUGUGUAAAUGUAGGUUGUAUUCCAAAAAAAUUAAUGUGGUAUGCUUCUAACUUGGCAAAAAGUAUUACCGAUGCUCAUGAUUAUAAGCUCUUUGAAAAUUUACCAUUGAAUAAGGAGAAUUUGACCUUUAAUUGGAGAGAGUUUGUUGAUAAGAGAGAUAGCUAUUUAAGAGUACUUAAUGGAAUAUAUGAAGAAAAUUUGAAGAAAUUUGGCGUCGACAUUGACUUUGGUUGGGCAACUUUUGAUAAGCAGGGCCAUGUAGAAGUUUCUAAACAUGAUGGAACUAAAAAUAUUUAUUCUGGAGAUCAUAUACUGAUUGCAACAGGUGGAAAACCAAUCAUUCCAAAUCAAAUACCUGGGUAUGAAUUUGGUAUUGAUUCAGAUGGCUUUUUUUCGUUAAAGACUCAACCUAAAAAAACCGUAGUUGUUGGUGCAGGUUAUAUAGGGAUUGAGUUAGCUGGUGUCUUAAAUGGAUUAGGAACAGAAGCUCACUUGGUUAUUAGAGGUAAAACUGUUCUUAGAAAAUUUGAUAUUUUGAUUCAAGAAACAAUUACUGACCAUUACGUUGCAACUGGCAUUAAUGUCCAUAAAGAAGCGAAAGUUCAAAAGGUUGAAAAAAGAACAGACGGUAAGUUAAAUGUUACUCUAACGACAUCAGAAACAAUAGAGGGAGCAGACUGUAUAAUUUGGACCAUUGGAAGGAAGUCAUACUUGGACUUUGGGUUAGAAAACAUAGGAGUUAAAUUAAAUGACAAAGGUCAGAUAUUGACAGACGAAUAUCAGAAUACUAGUGUCCCAAAUGUUUACUCUUUAGGGGAUGUGUCAGGAAGGAUUGAACUGACGCCAGUUGCAAUUGCUGCAGGUAGAAAAUUAUCCAAUAGAUUGUUUGGACCUGAGAAAUUUGCUAAGGAUAAAUUGGAUUAUACUAAUAUUCCGAGUGUUGUAUUUUCCCAUCCUGAAGUUGGCACAAUUGGAUUAUCUGAAGCAAAGGCAAUUGAGCAGUUUGGUCAAGAGAAUUUAAAAAUAUACAAUACAAGUUUCUCAGCACUUUAUUAUUCAAUGUUACAAGAAAAAACACCUACCAAGUACAAAUUGAUAUGUGCAGGACCAACAGAGAAAGUAGUUGGUUUACAUAUAGUAGGUGAUUGUUCAUCUGAAAUAAUGCAAGGCUUCGGUGUUGCAAUUAAAAUGGGCGCUGUUAAAGCAGACUUUGAUAACUGUGUCGCAAUUCACCCUACUAGUGCGGAAGAGUUGGUGACAUUGAAAUGA